AUGUACGGCGAGGUCUUCGUCAAUGGCGUCAAGUCACCCUUGCCAUAUGGAUCAUAUGGGUAUGUUGACCGGGACGAUGUGCUAAUCGAAUCUCUCACAGUACGGGAGAUGCUCUACUACUCGGCGCUCUUGCAGCUCCCCAGCGUCUUCUCUUCGAAGAAGUCAUUUGUGGAAGAUGCUAUCGCGGCCAUGUCGUUGGGUGACUAUGCUGACAAACUCAUUGGUGGACACUGCUUCACAAAGAGGCUUCCGACUGGCGAGAGGAGGCGGGUCAGCAUUGCAAGAGAGCUUGUGAUGAGGCCACAUGUUUUGUUCAUCGAUGAGCCUCUGUACCACCUUGACAGUGUUUCUGCACUCCUCUUGAUGGUAACACUGAAGAAACUUGCCAGCACUGGGUGCACAGUCAUCUUCACAAUGUAUCAAAGUAGCACGGAGGUUUUUGGACUUUUCGAUCGGAUUUGCUUGCUUUCAAAUGGGAAUACCCUCUUCUUUGGGGAAACAUUGGCUUGCCUGCAGCACUUCUCAAAUGCUGGGUUUCCAUGCCCAAUCAUGCAAAGUCCAUCUGACCACUUUUUGAGGGCAAUCAAUACCGACUUUGACAGAAUCAUAGCCAUGUGCAAGAAUCUGCAGGAUGAUCAAGGGGAUUUCUCAUCAGUGAGCAUGGACACUGCUGUGGCAAUCCGGACACUAGAAGCAAUGUACAAAUCAUCGGCUGAAGCUGCCUCUGUUGAAUCGAUGAUUGCAAAAUUGAUUGAGAAGGAAGGUCCUUACUUGAAAAGUAAAGGCAGAGCCAGUGAUGCAGCAAGAAUUGGGAUUCUCACUUGGAGAUCAUUGCUAAUUAUGUCAAGAGACUGGAAGUACUUCUGGAGCAGGCUUAUCUUGUAUAUGCUGCUUGCCCUCUCAAUCGGCACCAUAUUUAUCGACAUUGGUCAUUCAUUGUCAUCUGUAGUGGUUAGGAUUUCUGCGAUAUUUGUGUUUGUUUCAUUUCUCGUCCUUCUGAGUGUUUGUGGAGUACCUGCUCAUAUUGAUGAGAUGAAGAUAUAUUCCCAUGAGGAUUCAAAUCGGCAUUCCGGGACAUUGGUUUUCCUGCUGGGCCACUUCCUAUCCAGCAUCCCCUUCCUAUUUCUGGUGUCCAUUUCGUCGUCGUUGAUUUUCUACUUCCUGAUAGGCCUCAGGAACGAGUUUAGCUUCCUUAUGUACUUUAUAAUCACCAUCUUCAUGUGUCUGUUGGCGAAUGAAGCACUUAUGAUGAUUGUUGCGUACAUCUGGCUUGAAACUUACAAGUGCACCUUAACCCUGAUUUGCUUAUAUGUUGUCAUGAUGCUGGUGGCUGGGUAUUUUCGGAUCCGAGACGCAAUACCAGCGCCUGUGUGGAACUAUCCGCUGUCCUACAUUUCAUUCCACACGUACGCCGUGCAGGGCUUGGUCGAGAACGAGUAUGUCGAUACAUCAUUUGCAGUCGGGGCCACAAGGACGAUACCCGGCGUGCAGGCUGUCCGAGGCUCGUAUGGCAUAUCAUCGUCGACAGGUGCCAAGUGGAUGAAUCUCCUUGUUUUGUUCCUGAUGGCGAUCGGCUACCGGGUCAUCUUGUAUGUUUUGCUUCGUCUAGAUGUGAGGAGACAUGUAGGCAUAUCUGACGCAUGGAAGGGAAGUAGAAGAGAAACAGAGAGGGAGGAAAUUGGAGGAACAGGUUUAUGGCAUUGUAGAUGA